AUGUCUACUCCACAUGUGACGAUGUCCAAUGGAUCUUCGCAUGAUGUGGAGCCUAUAGCAGUUAUUGGAAUGGGCUGUCGAAUGCCAGGGAACGUUCGAAGCCCUUCGGACUUUUGGAACCUUCUGAUAUCCCGGGGUAUCGCCAACACUCCAAAGGUUCCCGUGUCCCGUUUCAAUAUCGAUGCAUAUCUACAUCCAAGCAACGAACGCCCCGGAAGCUUUAAUGUGCCAGGGGGCUAUUUCAUCGAAGGGAACCCUUACGACUUCAACCCGGGAAUGUUCAACAUAUCCCCCGUCGAAGCUUCAUGGAUGGACCCUCAGCAACGAUUAUUACUAGAAGUCGUAUAUGAAGCCUUCGAGAAUAGCGGAACUACCCUAGACGAGGUAUCAGGUCAAAAGACCGGAUGCUUUAUAGGGUCAUUUACGUUUGACUUUCAGCAGUCUAUGGCAAAGGAGCCUGACUUUUUACAUGCCUACUUCGCUAUGGGCGCCGACCCUGGACUCCUUGGUAACCGGGUUAGUUAUGUGUACAAUUUAACAGGACCAAGUCUAACCGUCAAUACGGCAUGUUCCUCGUCAUUAUAUGCUUUAGAUCUAGCAUGCAAAUCAAUAGCUUCCGGGGAGUGCGAUAGCGCUAUCGUAGGCGGCACCAACCUGAUUCUCGAUGCCUGCCAACACAUGUGUAUCGCUAACAUGGGUGUGCUUUCAUCAACGAAUACAUGCCACACGUUUGAUGCGUCUGCAGAUGGUUACGGGCGAGCAGAGGGCGUGGGUGCUCUAUAUCUAAAGCCCCUGAGUGCGGCUAUCAGAGAUGGUGACCCUGUACGUGCUGUGAUUCGAGCUACCGCAAGUGGCAGCAGCGGAAGGUGUAAGGACGGCUUGGCCCAUCCUAGCGUCGAGGGACAGGUAGAAAUAAUCAAGACGGCGUAUCGUCUGGCAAAGCUAUCGCCCGAAGAUACUACCUAUGUUGAAUGCCAUGGCACAGGAACGCCAAUUGGUGAUCCCAUAGAAGUAAAGGCUGUCCAUGACGCCCUAGGGGUCAAAUUGUCAAAAUCAAAUCCAAUUCUCAUUGGAAGUGUCAAACCGAAUGUCGGCCAUAGCGAGGCAGCCAGCAGUAUGGCGACCCUCAUCAAAACAAUAAUGGCUCUAGAAAUUGGCAUUAUCCCCCCAACGGCAGGGGUUAGUCAAUUGAAUCCAAGUAUUCCUUGGGAAGACUUCAACGUACAAGUUGCCACGGAGCCGACUCCAUUCCCCGCGUCAAAGCCCAUUCGUCGUAUCAGCGUGAACGCGUUCGGCUAUGGUGGUACAAAUGCGCAUGCCAUUCUCGAAAGUGCAGAGUCGAUGGCCCCCGGAUACCGAACUCAUAAGCUCAUAAGCCAGGCAUCGAAAGAUGCUGGCGGACCCGAAACCCGCGACCCGAACGAUGAACGCGCACAUCUCCUCGUGUUCUCUGCACACGACGAAGCGACACUGAGGAAUAAUCUCGCCAAUUACUCAAGUGGUUGCAAUGAUAAAAGUCUUUUAGAUUUAGCAUACACUCUUGGGGUCCGACGUACCAAGUUUUCCCACCGAGCAUUUACAAUCGCUCGUAAGGAGAGCCUUGGAUCAGAUAUUACAUCUGCUUCUGUCAAUAUUACCCAAGCACCAUCGACACCAGCAGUAGCUGCCUUCGUAUUUACAGGGCAAGGUCCGCAAUGGCCACGAAUGGGAGCCUCGUUAAUCGAGGCGUACCCAUCCGUGUUACAGACGAUCCAACGUCUUGAUAGACACUUGAGCACUUUGGCGAAACCGCCGACCUGGAAAAUCGAAACUAUCAUAACAACUCCAGAGGAAGAGAGUGUUAUUAAUGAGCCCGAAUUCUCUCAGCCUAUUUGCACAGCUGUGCAGAUCGCUGUGGUUGACUUACUGAAUAGUUGGGGCGUCAGACCAGUGGCUACGGUCGGGCAUUCCUCCGGUGAAAUGGCAGCAGCCUAUGCUGCCGGGCUUGUGUCUGCCGAGAGCGCAAUUGCCGCAGCUUAUUAUCGUGGAAAAGCGGUCGCUUCCUGUGCAAAGAAUGGUGCUAUGCUGGCUGUUGGACUGGGCGCGAACAGCGCGAAAGAGUACAUCCAAAAGGCAUCCGGCGAAGGCAAAAUCAACAUUGCAUGUCACAACUCGCCCAAUAAUACCACAUUAAGUGGCGACCGAGCUGCGCUCGAAGAACUCAAGCAGAAUCUCGACGCCGAGGGUAUCUUUAAUCGCAUGCUUCAGACGGGUGGAAACGCUUACCAUUCAUACCACAUGAAGGAUAUUACCCCUAUUUAUGGCGAGUACCUCGACGCAGAGCCAAUUCCAUCCAGCAACUCAGAACCCAAGUGCUCUAUGUUUUCUACUGUACAAGCGAAGGAGCUCACUGAUCAAAACGGUAACAUCCCAAGCUCGUGGAACUCUUACUGGGUUGAGAACCUUGCUAGCUCUGUACUGUUCCGCCAAGGUGUUCAGCUUAUGCUGGAUUCUAAGCCCGAAGUCAACGUCCUUAUCGAAGUAGGACCCCAUCCUGCCCUCUCAGGCCCUCUCAAGGAAAUAUUAAAAGCAGCAGGCCGGCCGCAGGUUACAUAUUUGUCAACGCUAAAGCGGAGGCAGCCUGAUGUAGAUCAGCUACUUCAGCUCGCUGGUAAUCUUUGGUUGAACAAUGCGAGUAUCGAUAUGCGCCAAGUAACUGGCGUCGAAAGAUUAACCAAGAGUGGCGCUAUUGAAACACAGACAGGGCUGCUUUUAGUUGACCUUCCCGCCUACGAUUGGGAACGUUCGAGAUAUCUAUCAGAGCCUCGAUUCAGCAAAGAGAGGCGCGAGGCCGGAGAGCCCCGCCACGACCUCCUUGGCCGGAAGAUCGUUGGAACGUCCAGUCUCGAGCCAAUUUGGCGAAACAUCCUGCGCCAGCGAGACGUGCCCUGGUUAUCUCACCAUUCUAUUGCUGGAGAGAUUCUAUUACCUGCUACAGCAUACAUAGCACUUGCCAUCGAAGCCAUCACGCAGCUGAAUGCCCAACAGCAGCCACCCGUGGCUAUUGAAAGUUAUACGCUCCGUGAUAUUACUAUUCAUAGCGCGACGGUCAUUCCGGACGAUGACGAAGGCACGGAAACGAUGCUCCGUUUACAGCCGACGGAUAAGAAGUCUAAGACAUCUGGUGAAAGCGGGAGCCGCCAGUGGUACCAGUUUACUGCUUCCUGCAACACAUACGGGACCUGGAAGACCACUGCCGAGGGACGUAUCUGCGUAAACCUCAAGGAGCAGGAUGUAAGCAACGAAUCCCAGGGUCUACGCAAAACUCGUUCAGAACCCGGGACGAUACCUAUCGAAUACGACGAGUGGUUUUCGAAACUUCAGACACUCGGUAUAAAUCUGGGGUCCACAUUCCAUCGUCUUCACGACAUAUACGUGGAUACCGAAACUUCCACGGUCUAUGGAGGCAUAGAUAUCUCCCAAAAGUGCGGCUUGAUGGAAGCGGAGUCGCGCUAUAUAUUGCAUCCGGGUGUGAUCGACGCGUGCCUACAGCCAUACCACAUGUCCCGCCACGAAGGCCGGAUCGAGGACAUGCGCUACGGUAUGGUUCCAACGCACUUCGAAGAAGUGACCGUGUUCACUCCAUCGGAAGAGAGCCUAGCCAACCCGUGCACUUUCAAUUGCUUGGUUUCGCAACGCGGCAUUCGAGCAUGCCUGUCGAGUUCACAAAUCUUUACCCACGAGGGCUCACUCCUCGUUGAUAUCUCGGGCUGUAGAACGGUCCAAUAUCACGGCAGCCUUUCGGAUAAGAUGUACAAGGAGCUGCAGCGUGACUUGUUUCUUCAGUGCGAAUGGAAAGUCGAUGUUGACUACCUGAAGUGGGCAAACGACGCCGGACUCUUUAACCAGAAUUCCUUGGCCACCAUCAUCGAUGCACUGCUUCAUAAAGAUAUUACGACGAGAGUAUUAUGCCUCGAUCAUACCCUUGUACCAUCCAUCCUGGCUAUGCAUCCUGCUGCGGUCUUGACAGUCUUAGGUCCGGUUCCAAACGACACACUAGCCGCUCAGUAUGUCGACGAUGAGCGAAUAGUGUCUGCCGAAAUCGAGGCCUUACUCCUCGAUGCUAAGAAGCCCAGCGGAGGGUUCGACCUUGUUAUUGGUAAUAUCAUAGAUCAGACUGAUAUCCCUUUCCUAGAGCGUAUCCGUAAGCUCGUCACCCCCAAUGGCCGUCUCCUAUUCAACGUUGAGAACAAGUCUUCGGAGGGAUGGGACCGCGCUCUAAGAGACACCCAGUUCUCAGGUAUCGAGCUCCUGUCACCCGAUGGCACGUUGCUCACGACCGCGGUAGAAUCUGCACCCAAAGUCAACGGGGUUAGCGUGAACGGGGUUGGCAGCCAUGGAAACCUCACCCUUGUCUACCGCGACGCUCCCACGUCUCUUCUCUCGGUAGUAUCCGAGAAGUUUUCCAGCGAGGGCUGGAAUGUCCGCUCGCAAGCCAUUACAUCCCUCGACAUUUCGCCACAGGAGCGGGUAAUCCUGCUAGCAGAUGCGGAAGGCCCUUUCCUCGCCGAAUUAAACGAAGCCCAGUUGAAAGGACUGAUAGAUCUGAGCCAAAAGGCGUCCGUAAUCAACUGGGUAUCCUGUGGUGGUCUUCUCUCCGGAGACAAGCCGGAAUUCGCCAUGACAGAAGGCGCGGCGAGAGUCAUUCGAAACGAAAGGGAAUCGCUGGAUCUCGUAACCAUCGAUUUCGACGUGGAAACCACCUCCGAGGCCCGCGUAGCCGAGCUGCUGGCGGACAUCAUAAGGCGGCAGUCCACUCGAGGUCAGAAUGGAGAGACAGAAUAUUACGUGAAAGGGGGCGUGGUCUAUGUUAACCGCCUUGCGUCGUGCCGAGACAUCAACCGAGAAUUUGUCCCCGAUUCGGGAGAGACGAAAACCUUGCUACAGAAAGACCUCCCCGAAAUUUGUGGUCGGUUUAACCACGGAAGACUCGAGUUCUAUCGCGACCAGGAGCGUUUUGCGAAACCUCUGGGCGAAAACGAGGUGGAAGUCCACGUGGCAUCGUUAGGUAUAACUUCCGCGGACGGGACUGACGACGUGGCAUUCUUGAAUCACCAAAUCGCCGGCACGGUAACUCGUGUUGGCUCGGGGGUUGCUGAUACCAAGAUAUCUACCCGCGUAUUUGGGUUUGCGCUCGAUCAUCUAGCGACCUUCCAACGAACCUCCUCUGCGCUUUUGCAAGAUUUACCUCAAGGAUGUUCUUUGCCAGAGGCUGCAUCGCUUCCGUCUCCUUUUACCACGGCCCUUUACGGGUUAGAAGAGCUGGCAAGGAUCGAACCGGGUGAGAAUGUUGUCCUUAUUGAUAAUAUGGGUGACGUUACGCUGGCGGCGAUACAGCUUUGUCAACUUCACCAAGCAAACACCAUCGUGGUUACUUCGUCAUCUGCUUCGCAGGAGCUGCUGCUUACCAAGGGUGGAUUAACUCCCGCUCAAAUCAUCGAUGGCCGUGAGGGAAGCAUCUCACCCAAAGUAAAGAAAGCCACGGCAGGAAAAGGGAUUGACGUUGUCUUAUGUGCGGUAGGGACGAGCGACGAAGUUAUUUCAGAGCUGGGCCACCACAUGUCUUCGUUUGGCCGGAUAGUCGCUUUCGGCACUGGCCAGAAUGGGGAUCCCAAGGUGCUGCGUCCGCCAACGAACAGGAAGAGCAUAAACGUGUUUCAGUUCAACCUCACAGAUCUCGUCCAAGAGAGGCCGCGCAUCGUGGCAAGGCUCUUGACCCGAUGCGUAGACCUUUAUACCCAGGGCAAAAUCACAGGUCUAAAUCCCACCCACGUAAGAAAACCUAGUGACUACAACGAGAUUGUACGAUCUGGUCUCAAAGAUGUGGCGUCCGGAAGCCAGGUUAUUUCAUAUGACGAAAGCGUAUCAUUUGAGGUUGUCCCGACAAAGCGACCCCUGAAGUUGAAGCCCGAUGUCACCUAUUUCCUAGUGGGAGGUUUAGGUGGUAUUGGACGAAGACUGGCCAUCUGGAUGGCCGACCAAGGGGCCAAGCACCUAGCCUUUAUAUCCAGGAGCGGCGCCACCCGGCCAGCCGCGGAAGAAACUAUAAAGGCCCUGGAAGAUCGGGGUGUCGAUGUCUCGGUAGUACGCGGCGACGCCACGUCCCGCGAAGAACUAGCCGAUGCGAUUUCUCAGAUCAACCGGGCAUACCCGAUCCGGGGCGUGGUAAAUGCCGCCGGUGAGAUUUUCGACGGUAUGUUUGACAACAUGACGUUUGAUCGAUGGCGCAAGACCGUCGAUUCAAAGUACAAGGGCUGUCGGAACCUUCAUGAGCUUCUAAAAGACCAGGAACUCGACUUUUUCGUCAUAACGAGCUCCAUCGCCGCUCUGCUCGGCUCCACGGGGCAAAGCAACUACAGCGCUGCCAACUCGUACCUCGAUUCACUCGCUCGUCACCGCCGCGUGCGCGGCCUCCCAGCCGUCUCUUUAGACUUACCCGCCAUCGACGGUUUCGGAUACAUCCACGAGCACUCCCUGGAGCAAUCCGUGAAGAUGCGGGGUCUAUACAGCAUAGACGAGAAGGAGCUCUUGGAAGCCUUCGAGAUCGCCAUGGCGCCCCAAAAGGAGCUUCCCCCGGACAUCGACCACAUCGCCGUGGGCCUGCAGCCGCGGCGCUUCGCGCGCUCGAUGAAGAUGUCGGGGGCGCACAUCGGGCUGUCGGAGAACCCGUACUUCAACUGGCUAGCGGCGGUGAUGGAGUCGUCGUCGCAGUCUGCAAAGACGGAGUCGAAGCUCGCGUCGGCGGGCAACUCGGAGAGCAUCCUGAGCGUGAUGCAGGCCGCGGCGUCCGAGGAGGAGGCCGUCGAAGCCGUUACCACGCACGUCACCCAGAGGCUGGCGCGGCUGCUGAUGAUUGAGGUGGGACGGAUCCAGACGACGGAGCACUCGGUUGCGGAGUACGGCUUGGACAGCAUGAUCGGUGCCGAGUUCCGCAAUUGGAUAUUCCGCGAGUUCGGCGUCGAUAUACCGUUCCAACAACUGCUUGCGAGCACCCUUACUUUGUCUAAGCUAGCACAGACCCUGUAUGAGAAGGUUAACGAGGGAGGGAGUAGUUGAUUACGAGUUAUGAUGUAGGGGCGAGACUACUUCCAAAGGACAUGCCUUGAAGCAUUGGGAGGGGGGGAUGGAAGAUCAAGUCAACAGUAUUGAAGCGGCUACGCUCGAUAUCAAUUC